ACCCCGAAGCAAGUCGCUGCGCUGCGCAAUCAAGUCCCGCUCUACCUUCUCGGCAAUAAUUUAUGCUGACCCGUACUUAAUCGAUGUGUAAACGACACUUUAUUUUGUCGUACCUUUAGCCAUCGUUCCUUUCGCUGCAGUGAAUUAUUUCCCAGCAGGUGUCAGUAGCUUCCGAGCAAAGUGUAAUCUUGUUCCCGAAUUUGACAGAAUUUCAACAUGGCGAACAAUAGUAGCGGUGUGGUGGUUCCCCGGAACUUCCGCCUGCUUGAAGAACUGGAGCAGGGUCAGAAAGGUGUUGGUGAUGGAACCAUCAGCUGGGGUCUUGAGAAUGACGAUGAUAUGACUCUUACUCAUUGGACAGGAAUGAUUAUUGGACCUCCUAGGACUCCUUAUGAGAACAGAAUGUACAGUUUAAAAAUUGAAUGUGGUCAGAGGUAUCCAGAUGAUGCUCCCAGUGUCAAGUUUAUGAAUAGGAUUAAUAUGAACUGUGUUAACAAUUCUAAUGGUGUGGUCGACAGCAGAAAUGUUCCUGUGCUCUCCAGAUGGCAGAGGGAUUACACGAUCAAAACUCUACUUCAGGAGCUGAGGAGGCUCAUGACCAUGAAAGAGAACAUGAAGCUCUCACAGCCCCCAGAGGGAAGCUCUUUUUGAUAUGGCAUCUCACUUGUGCUCAGGUCAGAGAAUGUUGUGAUGGUGCUGCAAGAGACAUUGUAUCAAGUGAAAGAAGACUACUAAAUUGGAGGGGGGAUGUGGGAUUUUGGGGAGACUUUGUAACGUUGAUGUGAUUGUUAAUGUCAUUCAGAAUUAACCUUGAAGCUAUGUGCUCUUUCUGAAAUCUUAUGCAUUUAACAUCAGACACGAUAGCUGUACAAUCAUAGCUGGAUUUUUGAAUCCUGUCUACACAGCUUACCAUUUUAAUUUUUUGAUGUUUUCUCCUGUAAUGCAACAUUGUUUUGGCUUCUAUUAUGUUCUCCACUCACAGAUUUGCAGAUGCCAGUUGCUAAGUUGUAAUUUUUAUCAUCUUACGAAAUGCAAUGAGUCAUUUUUAACUACGGGCACGGUCCUGAAUAUUGGGACCUUUCUCAAUACACUGUUGCUUCUGUGCAGCAUUGUACCCUUAGAUGGUGGAACUUACUUGGAAUUAAAAAUGUACCUAAUGUAACUAUUAUAAUUGUGAUGCUGUGUAAUGUUCAAAGAGGUUUUUUUGUUCUCAUUAACAUAUAUACAGUAUUCACAUCUGUAGAUGGUCUUGUUUUUAUCCCUUCCUUUCCUGCAGAGUGGAAUUUAAAAUUUUCCAUAUCAAUGUGUUUUGAAACCAUGGAAAAUGCUGAGUAGACUGUUCUAGACAACUAAAUAUUGAUCUACCAUGUAAUAAAUUUGUACCCUUGUAAAUUUCCAUUGUGAAAUGAAAUUUUAUUUUCCAUGUUGAUUCUGUCAAAACUCUAGGAAGCCUGGUUAAUGAAUUUUUCUGUAUCAA